AUAUAUAUUUUAUAUAAAAAAAACUUAAUAUUCAAUCUAAAUACCCAAAAGUAAUCGAUUUCACCUUACACCCAUCACUGUAAUCAGCUGAGUGCUUAGUAAUCGACAAACUGUCACUUGUUCGCUGACUCAAAAUGGAAAUUUUUACGCGUUUUAGAUGAAUUGGUUUUUCUAUUUGUUUUAAGCAUAAUUAAACCUUUCUUUUUGUAGAAUAAUAAAGAAAAUUAAUAUGUAUAGAAAGAUAUGCAAAAAAGUGAAUAAUUAUACGUGAAAAAAGUACUUAACACCCAUUUGACUGUUUUUCUUUGCUGGCAAAGAAAACGGAUGAGAAAUCAUAGAAGUUGCAACGAUCAGCAUUAAUUACAAUUUCGCCCGGCUGGAAAAUAACUGAAUAGUAUUCAUUAUUCGUAGUAAUGCCGAAAAUGGCGCACGUAAAAGAUUUGCAUUUAGGCAAAACCUUAAAUGAUUUGGAAAAACAUUCCGAAAUACCAGAUGCUCGCACGAAGAAAACUCAAAUACUGGUAGAAUCUGCACGAAAAUUACUGCGGGAAGCAGACAAAUAUUACAGGGAGGGCGAUGAAGAAUUAGCUUACGUAUUAUAUAUGAAGUAUUUCAAUUUACUACAUUGCAUACACCGAAAGCCUGACUAUGCAGAGCAUAAGCAGACUGUACGCCAGACACUAGGCGGCAAUUCGAAUAAUAAACUGACCAUGAAUAAACUGGAGGAACUUAGCACUUCACUUACCCGACGUUAUGAGGCAAAACAGCUUGCCAAUAUGGCGCUGAAGUCACCAGCAAUAGUGGCAGCUUCAUUAAAGCAAAAUGAACGUGUCCGUGACUACAGCGAACUUAGCGCUUCAGAGAAAUUUGAUCUUUUGAAAGGUGAUUCGGUCUCCUCAACAACAGCAAAUGCAUACAGUAGUUAUUAUUCAUUACAAUCUUUAAAUGUUAUUAAAUGUGAAGAGUUAUUUGAACGUAUGAAGCAGAAUAAUGUGUUGAUAAUGGAUUGUAGACCUAGUAAGGAUUAUGAGAUGUCUCAUCUAACAUACCACUAUACAAUGAACGUGCCAGAAGAAAUUAUUUCGGCUGGCAUGUCCGCUGGAAAAUUACAGGACAAAUUGGAUAGUGGUUCUAAAGUACUAUGGUCAGCUCGUUCGGUCAAAGAGCAGGUUGCCUUAAUGGAUUGGAACACCAAAGAUUCUAAUCCUGCACCAUCUUCGGCCAUUGGCAAACUUCUGGAAAUACUACAGAAUUGGGAUCCAGAUGUAAUUUAUCGUUCCUCCAUCAAAAUACUACAAGGUGGCUAUGAAUUCUUUAUUAUGAUGUACCCAACUCUUUGUACGAACCCCAGCGUACAGGCUCCGCAACAGAACAACAAUGAUUUGAAUCUCAUUGACGAAAUUGAAUAUCCUUCAAUAAAUGAUAUAACAAUGAAGGAAGAAAUAAGUAGUCAUAGCUACACGCCCAGGCCAGGAAGCAGCAUGUCAAGACCACUUACAUUUAUUAUGUCACAGCCGCCACCUAGCGUAGAUCGUUCAAGUAAAAUGGCUGCUAUGAAAACAUACGAGCAAAAACAAAAACCAAUUGUCGAGUUAGCUAAGGAACAGGAUGAACUGUUGGAGAAAGCACAAGCAAACGAUGAACAAUUAAAGAAAGCUUCAGAAAAAUUGGACACUAUAUUUGAAAAGAAUAAACAAAGUCCCGAUAAAAAACCUAUAACGUCGACGGAAACUGAACUGCUAUACUACAUUAUGCAAUUAGAGAGUGCAGCUGCAGACUAUAAAACCGAAAAUGAUCGUCUCUUAGACGAAAUUGAAAAAUAUAAAAGCGUCAAAAAAGAAGAAGAAGCUGAGUUAUCUCCCAACGAAAAAGAAAAUCUCGAAAAGACUACACGUCAGAUUGAGCAUAAAAUCCAAGAACGCCAAAGGCUCGACGCGCAAUUGGAACGUGAAAAAGAACAACGUGACCAACAGUUAGCCAUGGCCAUCGCGCGUUUUCCGCGAACGUCAAUCGACAACGAAGAUGAUAUACCCAAAUCGAAGAUACCGCAAUUCGAUCGAUCCGUAAAACCACAUUUGUCUGCACCAACACAUAGCAGUCCAGCAGUCUUUACAAUAGAUAGACAACGCGAUUUCUCACCCACACCUGGCGCAAUGGGCCGCGGUUUGACCGGCUUAAAGAACUUGGGCAACACCUGCUACAUGAACAGUAUAAUACAGUGCCUCAGCAAUACACCACAACUCACCGAAUACUGCAUAACGGACAAAUAUAAGAACUACAUUAGUCGCAGCAAUAAGACCAAGGGGCAUAUUGUCGAGGAAGUGGCGGCGCUCAUUAAAGUUUUAUGGAAUGGCAACUACAAAUGUGUAGCCAGCAAGGACUUGCGUUAUGUUAUGGGUCAGUACCAGCAGAUAUUCCGUGGCAUCGAACAACAAGAUUCCCACGAGUUUCUUACCAUACUCAUGGAUUGGCUACAUUCCGAUUUACAAACAUUAUAUGUACCCGAAAAGCCACGUGAUAAUAUAACACCCUCCGAAAAGGCGUGGCUCGAAUUUACCAAAGCUAAAGAGAGUCUCAUAUUGCAUUUAUUUUAUGGCCAAAUAAAAAGUACCGUUAAAUGUGUGGACUGCAACAAGGAAUCCGCCACAUACGAAUGUUUUUCAAAUUUAAGUCUAGAGUUGCCUUCAAAUGCAAAUGUUUGCUAUCUCAGCCAAUGUAUGGAUAUGUAUUUUAGUGGCGAACGUAUACACGGCUGGAAUUGUCCGAAUUGUAAAACGAAACGUGAUGCGGUGAAAAAAUUGGAUAUCUCAAAACUGCCACCGGUGCUGGUGAUACAUCUCAAGAGGUUUUAUGCCGAUACCGACGCUGUGGGUAAUUCUUAUAAAAAGAAACAAAACUACGUUCGCUUUCCAUUGGAAAAUCUUGAUAUGACGCCUUACAUUGCCAAGUCCGAAUCGCGUUCGGUGACACCGAAAACGUAUCAACUAUAUGGCGUUUCCAAUCAUUAUGGCUCUAUGGAGAGUGGUCAUUACACGGCAUUUUGCAAAAGCGGCAACUAUGGCAGGUGGUUCAAGUUCGAUGACCAAGUCGUUUCGCCGUUAGACACAUCGAAUGUCGUUUCAAGCGCUGCCUACAUACUUUUCUACACUUGGCUGCCGCCCAUACAAAUAACCGAAAAUAACAACGCAAAUUAGCUAUACAUUUUCUGAGCAAGUCAAAUGUUAAAUGUCGUGGACAUGAGGGAGUAAUAUACACACUGUAAUCCUUCACAAGUGUCGAGUUUAAUUGUUGUUGUUUUUCUACUUGCAUAUUGCAAACGCUUUGCAUUUUUUGGUUAUUUACAUACAUACACAUGUAUAUAUUUUACAUGGCCACUGUGGUGGCUAUAUUAUUCGUGCACUCCAGCGUCUAGUCGGUGGUUAAAAAACUUGAAAACAUUUCUAAUUCUGACUAUUCUUAUAAAUUAAAUAUAUUAAUUAUGAAUUCGUACAGAAAAUCGAAGGACACCUAUGCAAAAGCAAAACGAAUAUACAAAUAAAAAAUUUGUUUCAAUUUCCAA